AUGUCUUUCAACCUUGCUCGUUGCUUGGCUCCCGCUCGCACUCGCUUCGCCGGUGCCGCCAUCAAUGCUCCUCGCACUCUCGUUUCUUCUUCUGCUCGUCUCUACUCGAGUACCAAGAGUGCCUUCAACCCCCAGGAUAUCCACAAUAUCUCACACAAGAGACCCGAGCAUAUCCAGAACGUUCUUCCCUCCAAGAAGGAGGUGCACAAUGCCCGACGAUUCGGCGAGUUCGACAUGGAGGGCCGCGUGUACGCCAUCACUGGUGGUGGCCGUGGAUUGGGUCUGUCCAUGGCCGAGGCCCUGAUUGAGGCCGGCGCCAAGGUCUACUGCCUGGACCGUCUCGAGACUCCCCACCCUGAUUUCAUUACCGCCAAGGACAAGGCCGAGAACGAGUACGGCGGUGCCCUCGAGUACAUCCGCAUCGAUGUCCGCAACAGCGUCGAGGUGAACAACACUUUCGCUGCCAUUGCCGCCCAGAACCAACGCCUGGACGGCCUGAUCGCCGCCGCCGGCAUCAACCACCUCCAGAGUGCCCUCGAGCACUCCGAGCAGGCCAUGGACGACGUGAUGUCCAUCAACUACAAUGGCGUGUUCCACUCCGCCACUGCCGCCGCCCGCCAGAUGUUCAACUACCAGCAGAAGGGCUCGAUCCUGCUAGUCGCCAGCAUGAGCGGUCUCAUCGCCAACAAGGGCAUGACUUCUCCGGUCUACAACAGCUCCAAGGCCGCCGUCAUUCAACUGGCCCGCUCCCUCGCGAUGGAAUGGGGCCGUUAUGGCAUCCGCGUCAACUCUCUUUGCCCCGGCCACAUCAUCACGCCCAUGGUCGAUGAAGUCUUCCAGCAGAACCCCGCCGCCCGCGCCACUUGGGAAGCCGAGAACAUGCUCGGUCGCCUGGCGUUGCCCCAGGAAUUCCGAGGCUCCGCUCUCUUCUGCCUGUCUGACGCUAGCAGCUUCAUGACCGGCAGCACCCUCCUCAUCGACGGUGGCCACACUGCCUGGUAA